CCGGUGGUAUUGUCACGCUGCAGACAUGUACCAACCCCUGGAUUCCACUGGCUAAAUCGGACAAAUAUUCUCUUAUUUUUACUUACUUUGGAUGAAUGUAACUACCCACAGUCACCCAGCCAAACUGAGUUUUGAUUAGUGGAUGAUUUCUUUUUUUUUAUUCUUCUUGAAUAUUGCGCUAAAGAAUGGCAGGCGUGGAGAUGUCAACCAAAACGCCUGGUGUUGGAGUCUUCUUAGAGCUGAGAAAAGGGCUUCAGAGUGGACUCCUUAUUGUCGGGAAAGAUGUAGCCAAUAGUCCUGCUGACGUGGUUUUGACAGGUGGAGAUUCAUCGCUCCACAUCAGGACUCCACGAGGCGAGCUGAGCCUGAAAUUACCUGCAGGAGUCACCUUGGAGCAGGGAUCCUGCAUUCCAACACCAGCGGGAGGAUUCUGUGGAGAGGAGCUGCAUUACAGACUGCGCAUCAAUGUUGCGCGAAGCUCAGAUGAAGAUGCUCAUGACAGCGUGAUGGAGACACUCCGGGCAAAAAAGAGUUAUUGCUUCUACUGCCAGGGCUGCAUGACCAGGCUGCUGGAGGACAGAGUGUUUAAGCGAGUUCUUCCUCUCCCUAACGGUAACUGGAACGCCAUCGUGGACGACUGGUGUUGCCACCCAGAUCCGUUCGCUAACAAGAAGCUGCUGCCCAGAGCAGAGGAUUGUUUACUGGGCGACACCUUCCUCCUUCUACCCAGAGAUGACAGCUGUGAUCAGACUCUCACGGAGGAAGUGAGCCCUGUUGGCGCAGAGGACAGUCAAGACCCAAAGAAACCCUGUCGCCGACUGGCUCUCAUCUCCUGUAGAAACUGUUCUUCAAUGCUGGGAGAGGCUGUCGCACCAGGGACCCUGAAACUGUACAUCACACAGGUGGUGGUGGAGCCCACAGUCGGAGACAGAAAGCCAGAAGCUUCACUUAACAGAUCUGUCUUCGUGGAGAGGACAGUAGCAGCCAGACUGUUGGAGCUGUCGAACUCACUGAGCACCUUCCACUUCUCUGUCCAAACUCCUGAUGGAAAAGCCUUCUUACUGCUGUGGCUGCUGAACAGCGACUCCAUCAUAGCGUCAAUCCCAGUGAUGUGCGUCGGGGGUGAGAGGUCUGUCAGCUCUCAAGCUCUUCCCAUCCCAUCACCCAAAGCUGCCAGAGCCCUGAAACUCCUCUACGUCGCCUGCUCCGACACAGGCACCAUGCAGAGAGACAUCGUAACUAGCUGGGAGGUCAGUGCCAUCGGACAUCCUGUGGUGCUGCCGCUGAAGGUGUGUGAGGAGCUGCUGCGAGUGAUAGAUGACAGCAACUCUACGCUUCCUGCGUCAAUGCGUUGCAUGAACUCCUAUGAGGCGGCGUACCUGAGACUCUGAGGUCGAAGGUCAGAAGCCAGGAGGUCAUGGCUCUACUCGUCACUCUCGGUAAAGGACUCAAGAGGACAGCUGAGAGGGGAACGUCUAUCCUGCGCAGAUUUCCAGUAAAGUAUAAGAACGGAGAUUACAGCAGCAGAAAAUGCAGCAGGCGUAGAAAAGCUUGUUUAGCAUGUGUAGCUGUGGUUUCUGGUUGCGUCCGUCAACACGUUCGGUAGUGCAUCAUCGCCUGCAAACAGAGUCAUGUUGACGCAAGUUGUUGCCUGCUGCUUAAUGUUAACACACAUCCAGUAAGUGCAAAACUGGAAGACGAUGACAACAUAGAAAUAGUUUUUCAUAGAAUAGAUAGUUUCAUCUAUUUGUUGUUGUUAUUUCAUUUUUAAUCCUCAUGUAUAAUUACACCAAAGUGUAUCAUAACGGUUGUAAAGCCUGUAUAGGUACAUACAGUGUAUUUUUGUCCAAUUCAGAACUCUAUUUUGUAUUUUUCUUACCGUUCUCAACAAA